UAUUUUCUUCGUUCCGAUGUAAACAACACGGUUGACGUUUAAGUUACACAAUUCGGUCUAACUUUGUGCAAAGAAUGUAUCGUGAAUUUUGAUAUCAAGGAAAGUAAUGUCCAGCUGGAGGACUAUUGGUAUCCGUUCGCCAAUUCUUACCAGCACAAAGGUAUCGCGAACAAUACCACAACAAUGGGCCCUUCAUCGGCAGCAAAAUCGAAAAAAUCAAUCACAAACUCGACAUGCCCUGCUGGACUUGCGCCGCAAGGCCAUACCAGUUGAUCGGCAACGGCAGGUACUGUAUGAGCUGGUGGAAAAGUUCGAAAAGUUUCCACAAGAGAAAGCGUUCGCGAUAGAGGAGGGUGCCAUCGAGCUGCUGAAAGAACUGAAACACUCGACCGAUCCGGCAAUAACGCAGCAUGCGAAGCUCGGUCUAGCGCUGCUUGGGUACGUUCCGGGUCUUCCUAGCGAAGGAAUUCGCAUCCUGAGCAUCGAUGGUGGUGGCAUCCGGGGUAUAAUUGUAAUGGAACUGCUGCGCAAACUGGAACGACUCACGAACCGUAGAAUAUUCGAUCUGUUCGAUCUGGUGUGUGGCGUUUCGACCGGAGCAAUAUUGGUGUGUGCGUUGGCCUCCGAAAAAGGACUCACACUAGCGGAAGGCAUUCACCUGUACAAAAAGAUAGCCUACAAGAUCUUCCAUCGUCCAUCAACGUUGGACAAGCUUUCAGGCGCUUCGCGCUUGUUUUCGUCUCAUGCUUACUACGACAUCGAACUGUGGGAAUCUCUACUCAAACGACAUGUCGGUUAUCGUCGUAUCAUCGACACGGUGAUGCUUCCAAAUGUACCGAAGUUCUGCUGUGUUUCAACCACGGUGUGCGAUGAGCACAUUGAUGCACAUGUUUUUCGAAACUACACAUUGCCACAGAACGUGCAAUCGGUCUACGCCGGCUCACACACGGCACGUCUGUGGGAAGUAGUGCGAGCUUCAUCGGCUGCCCCAGCCUACUUCGGAGAUUUUCCGCUUAACGGCCAGCUGCAUCAGGACGGUGGCAUACUGUACAAUAAUCCCACGACCGUGGCCAUCCACGAAGCCAAAUGUCUUUGGCCGAACGAACGGAUCCAGUGUGUGGUAUCGUUCGGUACGGGACGCACACGUGGCAAAUCGAACGAUGGACAAAAAAUCAUCAGUCCAAAAAUGCUCGAACAAGCCUCACUGUCCAGCUCGUGGAAGACCAAGUUCUUGCGCAUCCUCGAUUCGGCCACUGACACGGAGGCAGCCCACACAGUGCUGAGCGAUUUGUUACCACCGGGUCACUAUUUUCGCUUCAAUCCGUACCUCACGGAAUUCCUGUCGAUGGUUGAAGUGCGGCCAGAAAAGAUUGCCCAGCUGGAAAAGGAUACGGCAAUGUACUAUGCGCGCAAUGAGGACAAGUUCGAACAGGUGGCCGAUCUGCUGACAAGUAAACGAUCAAUCGCACGCAAAGCAUACGACGUUGCGCGACACGUUUUCCAUCGCUAGAGCUUAAGCCGAUCUGCGGAAAGUGUGCAAACUAUUGGAUUCCAAAGAUUAUUUAGUAUUCGAUUCUGAAAUGACAAAAGUGAGAAAAGCUGUUGUUAAGAAGUGGCAUCACGUUAAAGGAAUUAUUUAUCUUCUAUAUAUUUGUUUCCCAUGGACCAUAGGUGUACCAACGAUCAUACCUCAGACGAAGGCGAACAAUUCAGGUUUUAUUUCGGUAUUAUACACAUAUUAGUAUUACAUGUCUUAAUUUUGUGUUUAACGUGCAUAUGCUUUGAUACUGUUUUUUUCAAUCCGUUGUAGCAUUAUCAUGUAUGGUGUGAAUAUGUUUAUGUUUAUGUUUGUAACCUCUCAAAUAAAGUUUUGAACGCUUGAUGAUCCUUAA